GCACGCAUGCAAAAGGUACAGCUUGCCCACUGUCAUUGAUGGUACGUUCUGACACCAAUCUACACCAACAGUUUCACGAUGGCUGAAGCUCAAGUGUUUACUGCAGAUGCUGCACAGGAAGUCAUUGACUCUGUUGUCAAGUCUGUGCCUGCAGAUCAAAUCGAUGCGACUUUCAAGUCUGAUAGCAUUGACCUGAUCAACAAGGCCCUCGGGUCUCGUAUCCUCUCCUUCUCCGACGAAUGGUUCGCUGCCGCCGACAACCUCACAACUCCUACCCCACCUGUCCGCAAACCAGGUGUCUUCACAUACGCUGGAGCUUGGUAUGAUGGCUGGGAAACACGACGACACAAUACAGAACCCUUUGACUGGGUUGUCAUACGCUUAGGCGUAGCAAGUGGAAGAGUCAAAGGCGUGGAGAUCGAUACCGCUUUCUUCAACGGCAACCAAGCACCUGAAGUCGCUGUACAAGGUGUCUUUGUGGACGAUAGCAGAGAAGAGGAAAUCAAGACCUCAAAAUUCUGGGACAAUGAUAGUACUGUGGAAACUAUCCUACCCAAGCAAGAAUGUGGACCAAGUCAACGACAUGGCUGGCUUUUGCCCAAGACCACAGACAAAGCUUACACGCAUGUGCGGUUACAAAUGUUUCCCGAUGGAGGAAUCGCUCGUUUCCGACUCUUUGGAGAAGUCGUCCCUGUCCUUCCGCAAGAUGUCAACGAAAUCUUCGACCUCGCUGCGACUGUUAAUGGUGGUGUGGCAGUUUCCUGCUCUGAUCAACAUUUCGGUACGAAGGAUAAUUUACUCCUUCCUGGACGAGGAGUCGAUAUGGGUGAUGGAUGGGAGACGAAGAGAUCUCGAGGGGAACAUGUCGAUUGGACGAUUAUUAGACUUGGGAUUCCUGAUGGGGUGAUUGAGAGGAUUGUGGUUGAUACUGCGCAUUUUCGGGGGAAUUUUCCGCAGAAGGUGCAGGUUUUUGCUGCGGGUGCGAGUGAGAGUGCGCCAGGGCAUGAUUCGGGUGAUUGGGUUGAGGUUUUGAAGCCGCAGAAGACGGGGCCUGAUGCGGAGCAUGAGUAUGGGAAGGAGGUUUUGGAGAGGGUUGAAGGGGAGGGGUAUGGGUUUGUGAAGUUGGUUAUUAUUCCGGAUGGGGGUGUGAAGAGGGUGAGGGUUUUUGGGAGGAGAGGAUGAGAGGUGAGGAGGCCUUCUGCUGCUGCUCGUGGGGAUUCGGGCCCGGCAUGAGGUUUUGACGUAUGUGUUGGCAGGAAUCGUUGCACAACUUCGAGAUUGACGAAACGUACACACCUCUGCGCCCGACCCUUUCCUUCCGUCAAUCGGAAAUGUCCCUUCCAGCAAGGUAUUAACUGUUGCUCGGCUUGUGCAGCAGGGCGUAGCUGCAAGUCGCCUCUGGCUGAAGCGAGUGAGUAGACGAGGCCAAUCAGGUACUAAAU